CUGAUAAGGCUGAGGCGUCGUAGCUCACUCUGAAAUAUAGUGUUGGUAUAAUUAUCACAGGUUUUCUGCUGAUUAUCUUUGAAACAAAAGGGAGAGAGAAGUUCCUGUCGCUCUUCGCCCACCGAACGCAAGGCAGGUUGAGGACGUUUAAACUCUAUUAACUCUUAAUAAUGUAUUUUAAUAUAUAUUCUGUACCAGAGUCUGAAUGUCUCUGAAUGCAACCCCUCUCUGUAUUUAAAUACAAGCCUGUAUAUUUGACAUUCUAUAUAAAAAAUCUCUGGAUAAAAGUACAAGCUCGUAUAUUUGACGUUUAAUAUAAAACAUCUCUCUAUAUAAAAGUACAAGCUUGUAUAUUUGACAUUUUAUAUGAAAAACAUCUCUAUAUUAAAGUACAUUUUCUUUUAAAAGUACAAGCUCGUAUAUUUGGCAUUUUAUAUGAAAAACAUCUCUAUAUUAAAGUACAAGUUCUUAUAUUUGACAAUUUAUAGCUAAAAAAAACAAAAACAAAAACAAAAAACAAGAUCUGUGGCUCUCGCUUGAGCUUCGACCCGAAAUCCUCGGCCGCAGGAAUGGCCUUCGUCUGGAGCCCCGGCCUCACCAAGUCCCUUCUGGAGAAGAUCAGGGCCCGGGAGGUGCUGUGGGACACCAGUCACCGCUUCUUCAGCAAAAAGAACCUGAGGAGGAGCUGCUUCGACCAAGUGUGCCUGGAGCUGAAGUCCGAGCACGAGCACCUCCAUGCACUCACUACAGAUGAUGUUGUCCAGAGAUUCCAGUAUCUUCGAGGCCACUUUCAAAAGUUAUUGAGGAAAAUAAAGAAUUCACCAAAUGGGUCAGGAGGCCAAACACCAGCUAAAUGGGAAUUUUUCAAUUCCUGUUUAUUCAUGCAACCGAUCUAUGAUAAUGGUCAAAGUCAAUCAAGUUUUACACACUCAGAUGACUUGAUGGAAAUGCCCUGUAAUGGAGUCGUUGUAUAUGAAGGCUUGCUGGAGAAAGACAUGACAGGCAACGAGGACAGGACGUUGUCGUCCCCUUCAUCGUCAUUGUCAUCUCCCUCACCUCUCCCUGAUCUCCCCGAAGAUAGUAAAGCACCAGCAUUCCAUAAACCCUCGGUAUCGUCCACGCCUUCGCCUCUGCCCGAUCUUCCAGAAACGCAGCCAGAGGCAAGAAAUAGGAGGAGAAAAAGGACUUGGGAGGAGAUGGAGGAAAAUUUAACGGAAUCCAUCAACUGCGUGAAGGAGGCAUGGUCGUCACAGGGUCAGAGUCAGGUGCAGAGAAAGCCAUUCCGUUAUGAUAUGGCCACAGAGGCUGUGAUGUCCUGUGUGGAAUUCCUCUCUCCUUAUAAGGAUCUCAAAAUGGAGUUUAUAGUGGAAGUGAUGUCUCUUGUUAAUAAGACAGUACAAAAAGUUCAAGAAAGAGAGAACAAAUAUCUCCAUGAGAAUAAUUAAGUCCUUUGAGCUAGUUGUAACAUUGUUUUGUGCGUAUACUGUGAUAUUUGAUUAAUAUAUAUAGUCAGAAUGAAAUAAGAGAUUUAUGAGCAUAGUUUUUGUAUAAAAAUAUUUUCUUCCUUGCAAUUUGCUCACUCUUGCACAUGCACAUGACCACGCCCGUGCACACACUCACUCCUCACUCAUUCACUCAUUCACUCACUCAUUCACUCACUCACUCACUCACUCACUCACUCACUCACUCACUCACUC